CAGUUCCUACCAUUGGUACUGCACUUAGCUACUAGUUGGUCCCUCAUCGAUCUGUCCGCUAGCUGCGUCAGAUCUGAGGGAGCCAACAAGAAGAAGCACGAGGCCUCCGCCGCCGCCGCCAUGGAGCUCGAUACUUCAAGCAGCAAGAAGCAGCAGCUGUCCGAUGACACCGGCGGCGAGCCCGAGGAGAAAUACCGCGGAUGGAAGGCCAUGCCAUACGUCAUAGCACAUGCAUUACCUCAAGAAAGGGAGUAGCUAAAUCUCGGCCUCCGUGCAAAAUCCUUUCUUAAUUUUGAUCACGGAGAAUUUUUUAGCAGUAGUCUUAAUUUUAAUUUGCGCAUUAAAAAUCAAUUGACAGUAACAAGGGUAGAUGCAUGUCGACAAAUACCAUCCAAUAAUCAACACAAUCAGGCCCAGCCGCCCAGAUCCUGUUUGGAUACAGAGUUUUUUUAGAGUUUUUAAAAUAAAUACCAAAUACUAUACUGUAGUUUUAAAAUGCUAAAACAUCCAAACCGGACCAGGGUCUUCCACAAUUGUAGCAGAAUAAAAGAAGAGCUAACUAGUAUUAAACAACUAGUAGAGUAUUUCUAUCACCUGUAGCUAUCAACUGUGGUGUCGGUGACCAGAAAGAAGAAAUCAAUUAUUUUUAAGCAAAAAAAUAAGCAGUUGAGUCCAUGUGUGUCAGUGUGUGGAUCCAAUCCAAGCCAAGCGUGCCUACGUGGCAGCAUGACUCGUCACUCGCUCGUUGACUGAAUUAUUGACUGCGUCUGCAUGCACGGCUGCAACGCUGCACAGGGAACGAGACUUUCGAGAAGCUCGGGACGAUCGGCACCACGGCGAACCUGCUGGUGUACCUCACGACGGUGUACGGCAUGAAGAGCGCCAACGCCGCCACCCUCCUCAACCUCUGGGGCGGCACCGUCAACCUCGCCCCUCUCCUCGGCGCCUUCCUCAGCGACACCUACCUCGGCCGCUACGCCACCAUCGCCUUCGCCUCCAUCGCCUCCUUCCUCGGUAUGCUCCUCCUCACCCUCACCGCCGCCGUCCCCUCCCUCCACCCGCACAACACGGGACCCUCCACCGCCCAGCUCGCCGCCCUCCUCGUAUCCUUCGCGCUCCUCGCCGUCGGCGCCGGCGGCAUCCGCCCCUGCAACCUCGCCUUCGGCGCCGACCAGUUCGACCCGCGCACCCCCGCGGGCCGCCGAGGAAUCGCAAGCUUCUUCAACUGGUACUACUUCACCUUCACCAUCGCCAUGAUGCUCUCCGCCACGCUCAUCAUCUACCUUCAGAGCAACGUCAGCUGGCCGCUCGGACUCGCCGUUCCAGCCACUCUCAUGGGCCUCUCCUGCGCGCUCUUCUUCAUGGGCACGCGCCUCUACGUCCGCGUCUGCCCCGAGGGCAGCCCCUUCACCAGGUUCGCCUGCGUCAUCGUCGCCGCGCUCCGCAAGCGCCGCCUCCCCGCUCCCGCGUCCCCCGAGGAGCUGUUCGACCCGCCGCACAAGAGUAGCCUAGUCUCCAAGAUCGCCUACACGGACCAGUUCCGCUGCCUCGAUAAGGCUGCCGUGCUCGUCUCGGAGGACGAGCUCACGCCGGACGGUUCCACGCCGGUGAACCCGUGGCGCCUCUGCACGCUGCAGCAGGUGGAGGAGGUCAAGUGCUUGGCGCGCCUCAUACCGGUCUGGUCGUCGGGGAUCAUCUACUACAUCGUGCUCACCAACCUGGGCAACUACGUCGUGCUCCAGGCCAUGCAGACCGACCGCCGCAUCGGCCGGUCGGGGUUCCAGGUGCCCGCGGGCUCCUUCGUCGUGUUCCAGAUGCUAGCGCUCACCGUGUGGAUCCCCGUGUACGACCGCGUCCUGGUGCCGGCGGUGGAGCGGCUCACCAAGCGCGAGGGUGGCAUCACCCUGCUCCAUCGCAUCGGCACGGGCAUCGCGCUGUCCAUCGCCACCAUGCUCGUGUCGGCCGUGGUGGAGCGGCGGCGGCGCAGCGUGGCGGCAUCGGGCGCGACCAUGUCGUGCUUCAUGCUGGUGCCCCAGCAGCUGCUGGCCGGGCUGUCGGAGGCGUUCGCGGUGAUCGGGCAGGUGGAGUUCUACUACAAGCAGUUCCCGGAGAACAUGCGCAGCGUCGCCGGCGCGCUGCUCUUCCUCGGGUUCGCGCUGGCCAGCUACGCGAGCGGGCUCAUGAUCACCGUGGUGCACCAAACGACAGGCGGGUCGGGCGGGCGGCCAGACUGGCUGGCGCAGGACCUGAACCAGGGGCGCGUCGACCUCUACUACCUGCUCAUUGCAGCCAUGGCCGCGGUCAACCUCGUGUACUUCGUCGCGUGCGCGCGCUGGUACAGGUUCAAGAAGUCGGCCGCCGCCGUCGCCGUCGUCGAGCUGGAGGGAAACGACAACCUCAAGGCCAACGCGACAGCGCCGCCCGUAUGAAUUAAUUUUUACCCCUUUUUUUCCUUUUCUUCUCUUUUUAAAUGAACGUGCAGCGCAGCGUAUCAAGAAAAGAAAACUACUAGUAAAUAGGUAGAUGGAAACAUGAACAGGUUGCGAUCGAUUCUUCCGUUCAGGAGUGAUAUCAUAUCAACAUGAUAGCAUCUGAAUUUGGGAGAAAUUAAUAAACGGAGAGAAAGCAAGAGCAGAAGAGAUCAUCAUUCUAGCUGCUCUUGCGAGCAUAGUUCGAUUAA